AUGACUACGAGCGAUGUGCCAGCAGAAUACAUGGAGGUUCUGCACAUGCUGAGACAAAUCAGCCGGAAUGGCUCCUGGCCGGGAACCUCAAGAAGGAGAAGGAUGAUUAUCAGAGGAAGCGAGGAGGAGACGUUGAGCGACAGCUUCACGAUAGGCUUGUUUCCUCCUCCUCUGCGCAUUCCGCACACAACCCACUUGUUCCCCUCCCUGCUGGACGCGCUUACGCGCCUGGAAGGAAAGAUCGCCCCCUCUAGAACAUCGAGCACCACCGUCACCGUCAACAGGAAUGCUCAGUUCGUGCCGCAUAAGGACUCGGGGGCAGGAGCCGGGCAGAGCAAGUCGCUCAUCGUGGCGCUGGGAGACUUCGAGGGCGGGGAGCUCAUGGUCGAGGGAAGGAAGCGCAACAUUCGGUACCUGCCGCUCGAGUUCGACGGCUGGAAGGAGCUACACUGGACGCGCCCCUUCCAAGGAGAAAGGUUCUCGCUUGUGUGGUACACGCCCAAGGGGCUGGAGGAGGCGGCAGACGCGCUGGACAAGGGGAGGGGAUGGGAAGAGGUGAUAGAGUCAGUGGGUCAGUUGGACCCUGUGAAGAUGUUUAGGAGAGAGAGGAUGGAGAUACUGUUGUCUCCUCCUAGGAGCGGAUGGAUCCAGUCCCAGGGCUUCUCCAUGGUCCCGCUCAACGUCAACUUCCGCAGUCAGAUCACGCGGAUGUCGAUCUACAGCCUCGAACAUGAGCUGUUUGCUACCAACGUGCUUCUGCCGGAGGGAAACUCUAGCUGCCCCAUAGGCUUUCAGGGGAGAAUCUUGUUCGAUUUUGAUAUGCCCGCAUCUCUCUUGGCUCAAUUGCAGAUGUGCGAGAGUAUCAGAGCUGUUCUGCUUCACCAUGACUACCGUGAGGACCUUGAAGACAACUUCUCCAUGAGGGACUUGGCCGACUGGAUGGUGGACAAAGCACAUUGGGCGCGAGGGCUGAGGGUGUGGGAGGAGCGAGAGCUUCCAAGGGAUACAUGGUAG